GAAACCAAAGUACAAUCAGAUUCACGAAAUAUAUUGUGUUACUAUGUUUCACUAAAUUCUUGAAGGCAGUGGGACUUUUUGAAUCAUAUGAUCUCUUAAAAGCAGUUCACAUUGUUCAGUUCAUUUUUAUAUUAAAGCUUGGGACUGCAUUUCUUAUGGUUUUGUUUCAAAAGCCAUUUUCUUCUGGAAAAAGUAUUACCAGACACCAGUGGAUCAAAAUAUUUAAACAUGCAGUUGCUGGGUGUAUCAUUUCACUCUUGUGGUUUUUUGGCCUCACUCUUUGUGGACCACUAAGGACUUUGCUGCUAUUUGAACACAGUGAUAUUGUUGUCAUCUCCCUACUCAGUGUUUUGUUCACUGGUUCUGGAGGAGGACCAGCAAAGACAAGGGGGGCUGCUUUUUUUAUUAUUGCUGUGAUCUGCCUAUUGCUUUUCGACAAUGAUGAUCUCAUGGCUAAAAUGGCUGAACACCCUGAAGGACAUCAUGACAGCGCUCUAACUCACAUGCUUUACACAGCCAUUGCCUUCUUAGGUGUGGCAGAUCACAAGGGCGGAGUAUUAUUGCUAGUACUGGCUUUGUGUUGUAAAGUUGGCUUUCAUACAGCUUCCAGAAAGCUCUCUAUAGAUGUUGGUGGAGCCAAACGUCUUCAAGCUUUAUCCCAUCUUGUUUCUGUGCUUCUCUUGUGUCCAUGGGUCAUUGUUCUUUCUGUGACAACUGAGAGUAAAGUCGAGUCUUGGUUUUCUCUCAUUAUGCCUUUCACAACGGUUAUCUUUUUAAUCAUGAUCCUGGAUUUCUAUGUUGAUGCCAUUUGUUCAGUCAAAAUAGAAGUUAACAAAUGUGCCCGCUAUGGAUCCUUCACCAUUUUCGUUAGUGCUCUACUUUUUGGAAAUUUUUGGACGCAUCCAAUAACAGACCAGCUCCGGGCUAUGAACAGAGCAGCACACCAGGAGAGCACUGAACACGUCCUGUCUGGAGGAGUGGUAGUGAGCGCUAUAUUCUUCAUUUUGUCUGCUAACAUCUUAUCAUCUCCCUCUAAAAGAGGACAGAAAGGUACCCUAAUUGGAUAUUCUCCUGAAGGAACACCUCUUUAUAACUUCAUGGGUGAUGCUUUUCAGCAUAGCUCGCAAUCCAUUCCUAGGUUUAUUAAGGAAUCACUAAAACAAAUUCUCGAGGAGAAUGACUCUAGGCAGAUCUUUUACUUCUUGUGUUUGAAUCUGCUUUUUACCUUUGUGGAAUUAUUUUAUGGCGUGUUGACCAAUAGUCUGGGUCUGAUCUCAGAUGGAUUUCACAUGCUCUUUGACUGCUCUGCUUUGGUCAUGGGACUUUUUGCUGCCCUAAUGAGUAGAUGGAAAGCAACUCGGAUUUUCUCCUAUGGGUAUGGCCGAAUAGAAAUUCUCUCUGGCUUUAUUAAUGGACUUUUUCUAAUGGUAAUAGCUUUCUUUGUGUUUAUGGAGUCAGUGGCUAGAUUAAUUGAUCCUCCGGAACUAGACACACACAUGUUAACACCAGUCUCAGUUGGAGGACUGAUAGUAAACCUUAUUGGUAUCUGUGCCUUUAGCCAUGCCCAUAACCAUACCCAUGGAGCUUCUCAAGGAAGCUGUCACUCAUCUGAUCACAGCCAUUCACACCAUAUGCACAGCCACAGUGACCAUGGGCACGGUCACAGCCAUGGAUCUGCAGGCGGAGGCAUGAAUGCUAACAUGAGGGGUGUAUUUCUACACGUUUUGGCAGACACACUUGGCAGUGUUGGUGUGAUUGUAUCCACAAUUCUUAUAGAGCAGUUUGGAUGGUUCAUUGCUGAUCCCCUCUGCUCUCUUUUUAUUGCUAUAUUAAUAUUUCUCAGUGUUGUUCCACUGAUUAAAGAUGCUUGUCAGGUUCUACUUCUGAGACUGCCGCCAGAAUAUGAAAAAGAAUUACAUCUUGCUUUAGAAAAGAUACAAAAAAUUGAAGGAUUAAUAUCAUACCGAGACCCUCAUUUUUGGCGUCAUUCUGCCAGUAUUGUGGCAGGAACAAUUCAUAUACAGGUGACAUCUGAUGUGCUGGAACAAAGAAUAGUACAGCAGGUUACAGGAAUACUUAAAGAUGCUGGAGUAAACAAUUUAACAAUUCAAGUGGAAAAAGAGGCAUACUUUCAACAUAUGUCUGGCCUAAGUACCGGAUUUCAUGAUGUCCUGGCUAUGACAAAACAAAUGGAGUCCAUGAAAUACUACAAAGAUGGCACUUACAUCAUGUGAGAUAACCGGGAAUUACCUCUGGAGUGUAAACAAUGAAGAUUAAAUGACUAAGUAUUUAGAAUAUUGCCAGAAGGAAGAAAAUUGCACACAAUUGUACAGAAACAUUUUGCCAUAUUUGAAAAACAAAAUUAAAGUUCCCUACUAUUGGAUCAAGGAAUCUUAAAGGAAAUUUAAAUACAGAAUGGAGCAUUCAUUGUUCAAGUAAAAUCAUUAUUUGAAUUAUAUAUAUAACAAGAAUCUUGAAAUUUGAGUGAACAUGAUAUAUCACAUCAUCUUUAAAGAUGAACAUAUAAUGACGGAAUCAAGUGAAGACCAAAAUUACUUCUGUGUUUACUUUGUGCCAGAAAGCAUCUCCAUUGUAAAUAAUGUAUGUACAUGUUUAUUACAAAGACCCAAAUGAAAAAUUUAGUCGAUCUUUUUGCAUAGCCCUAGGAUAAAAAAAGAAUAAAAGUUCUAUAUUUAUGGAUUUUCUGUAUAUAAAACUAGUUUCUAAUUAAAACUUAAAUCCAUUAAGUAAAAUCUGUAUUGCCACUUUAAAUGUAAAGUAAAUUAUUUGGGAGAAACUUCAACCACUGAUAAUGAGACAAGCAGUGAGAACAGGGAAGUAUAACUACAGUUUUUGAUGUAUUACAAAAACCAACCACUCUGUAAAAUAAAUUUUUUUUACUUUUGGUAAUA